AUGCAGUCGAUAUUGCUCUUUCUGGUCUAUUGUUUUUUGACAGUUGGAGCUGGAUAUACCGAUUUUGAGUACCUUUUGGAUCAAUACAUCCUAAUUUGCGGCAAUAUUCUAUGUAAUGUAACCAAACAUUUUUCCCCAAAAAUUCCAGCGGACUUAUCGACUUGUACAGAAUGUUCUUGUGAUGAAAACUGUAUUUUCGAUGGAAGCUGCUGUCCAGAUAUUUUUUUCUCUCUCAAUCUUGAAUGCACAAACACUUCAAUCGUUUCACACAGUUACGAACCUGAUGACUUAUUCGAAGAUUCAUUUCUGAUGAGAGGGACUUGUCCCGAAGAUACAGAUUCUUCCUGGAAAGCUAAUUGUGAGGGUAACAAAACCUUAUCAGAAAAGAUACAAUUUCUACCCGUAACCUCUUCAGAAACUAUGAUUACUUACAAAAAUAAAUUUUGCGCUCAAUGUAAUAAUGAAAGUAAAUUUGAGCAAUGGAUAUUAAAUUCAGUGUGUGACGAAUUCGUAGAUUCUAAUUUCAUUUCAUCCUUAGAUGAUAUGCUCAAAAUAGCUAUAGACAAAAAAUGUAAAAUAAGAAGUAAUUUAGCUGGACUGAACACCGCUGGUUGCUUUAGAGUGUACGGGUACAACACCAUAAAGACUUGUAAUGUAUCCGGUUCUUGGAUGACAUACAACAAAGACAUUGAAUGGGCAUGUCUGAAUUACAAUAACAAAUUCCAUGACUUUAAGAAUGUUUUUUGUUACAUAUGUAACCCACCAGUAAAAGUUGAAGAAGUAAUAACAGAUUGUAACAUUACAGGGAAAUUAUUUUGGCAUGAAGAUUACCCAAAUGUCCAGACAGCUUGUAAACAACUUGGUGCAACAACAGCAACAUAUCCUUUUAAAAAUAUCUACUGUUACCUCUGCAAUUCAAUACCUUUGCAACAUUACAUAAAUGACAGGCGUGUGUUUAUGUAUUCCGAUGCGAAUGUCUAUAUAGAAGAAAAGGUGGUAAACGGGAAAUACUUUGAAUAUACUUUUGAAAUAGAUUCUUUUAACGCUGAAUUCAGGGAUAGUUAUUUAAAGACACAAACUAAUUGGUCUUCCGAGACACAUUUGAUGAUAAAUAACCGGGUUAAUUUAACGGAAAUUUACACAUAUUAUUAUGCUAUGACAGGAAAUGGUCAUUUCUGUGUAAAUAUAUCAUCUAUUAUAAUGGCAGACGAAAGACAUAAUUGUGGUUGUUAUGAUGGUUGCCACUUUGCUUAUAAAAAGCCAUGCUGCAUUGAUGCUGAUUUCAAAUACUCAACCUCGUGUAUAGAUGGUUAUCUUGUGUAUGACGGAUGUGAAGAUAUAGCUAUGGAGUUUAAAAUUUUGUCACACAAGUGUCAAAACAUAGAAGAGUCAUCUGAUUUGUUUUCAUCUAUUCCAGUUCAUAGUAAACAAUCAACUGCAAACUACAAAAAUAUAUACUGUGCCCUGUGUAGAAUCCACAAAAAUAGUUCUGAAGCUAAUUCUGUUUUCCUCAAGUUCAAACCAUGGAAAUUUACUUUAAUAUGUAAAAGUGUCAUUCCAAUAUAUUUCCAUGUUUUUUUGUCACACUUAUUUGAAACUCGAUUUUUGUCGAGUUGCAAAUUAACAUUAGUUCCAGAUGUUUGUCACAAACGAUGUCCUACUAGACCGGCUUAUACCAAAGGAAAUACAAGCAUUCCAUGGGCUUGUCAGAACUUUGUGUCUACACCUACCGGCCUAGAUUUUUACAAUAAACUAGGCAAAUCAUCGCUAAAUAAGCAUAGAAAUAUAUUUUGUGCUUUGGAAGAAACGAUUUAUAAUGAAACUACAGCUCUGAUACAACAUUGCAAUGUAACUGGUCGGUGGAAUUUUAUUGACAAGCCAUUACAACAAAAAUGCACACAGCUUCCGCAAAUUGACUUCCACUUCCCAUAUAAGAAUAUCUUUUGCAAAAUAUGUAAUGAAGAAUAUAAGGAAUAUAUCAAUAGUUAUGUGGGAGACUUUUCGUGUGAGUUUUUUCAACACGUUGGUGACCAUUUGUAUUUCCGAAGUUUGUUCUCAUUUUUAUCAUAUGAAGAACAAGCAGAAAGCCAAGGACAUGGAGCCUGCAAACAGAGGCAAGUGUAUGAUUCUAUAAAGGAUACAUGUCGUGAUAUUGUGUGUUACCCUGGGCGUGUAUUAAUUAAUGAGACGUGCCUACCACUUCUGCCAUACACUUCUAAUCUUGGUUAUACACUUACAUUUGGAGUUCAUGUUCAAUCUGAAGCUCCGAUAAAAAACCCACAAGACUUUUUACAAAUAAUGAAAAAAGAAAUUCUGAUUCAACUAGGCAGACAGUUAAAUAGAACAAUUGUUCCCUUUCUUGAAAGAAUGAUUAUGAAAGCGAAUACCACGUGUUCAUCAGAUGUGAAUUUCAUUGGACCAUAUUUACAUAUAUCGGUAUUUUUGAAAUUAUUCGUUAACGUCGUUGUUAACAGAAAAGAAAUUGAAACAAAACUUCUACAGUUCCAAGAAAAACAAUUUUCAUUUGAGCAUUAUUGUUUUCGGCUUAAUAAAAAGCUAAAUUGUAUGAUAAAAUGCAAUGUAAAAUAUGAUAAUGGUUCACUUUAUCUGCCGAUUGAUGUGCCAUUCAGAAAGUUUGAUAUCACAAAAUGUUAUCUGGAGACGACAAGUAUGAUACCUGAAUCUCAAAAAUAUAUUCACUCUCAUAUCAGUUCUUUGCUUGAGUGCCCACAGAUAGAGUUAGAUAAAACAGAGGUAACGAUCGAUGAAUACCACAACUUACUUAAUGUACCACAAUACAGUACCGUUUUAGAUUAUCACAAUUUCUAUAUAACCAGAUCAGAUCUGAACCCAAGGAUUUGCGUAAGUACGUUUAAAAGUAUGAUGAUCGCUUCUUCAGAAAUGAGUGUGUUACGGAUAAUAACUCUGAUAUUUACAAUAUUAUCGCUACUAUGCUUAUUCCUGACCUUUAUUUCUUAUUGUCUUUUUGAGCAGCUACAAACACUUCCAGGAAAGAACAACAUGUGUCUUGUCAUUGCUUUAUUUUUUGCUAUGGCCUUUCUAGAAUUUGGUUUGAACAAAACACACGUUAUAACUCUUUGUAUUGUACUGGGUGGAUUUAUUCAUUAUUUCUGGUUAUGUACAUUUUGUUGCUUAAAUGUUUGUUCCUUUCACAUGUAUUGCACAUUUAGCAGGAAUUUUGUUUAUCGACAAAGAAGUAAAUCAAAAGAACGAAAACGUCUCUUGCUAUACAUUCUAUACUCAUUUGGGGUACCGGCCAUAAUCAUUAUUAUGAAUAUACUUUUUACAAAUUUCCUGAAUGGUAAACAAUUGUAUGGGUAUGGCGGGAAAAUGUGUUUUAUUUCAGAAAGGUUAUCUUUCAUUAUAACAUUUAUUGUUCCGAUCACGAGCAUGUGUCUGCUAAACGUCUUUUUCUUUAUAUAUUCAGCACAUUCGAUUGCAACGACUCCAAAAUUGAAAAAUGAUGAUUCCUAUCAGCACAAUUCAGUAAAUCUAGCUGUUUACAUCAAAUUAUUUACAAUAACGGGCAGUUCUUGGGUAAUACAAAUAAUAGAUUCGUUUCUUCCCCUGUCAUUCUUUUCCAUAAUUGUGUCUCUGUUAAAUGCUUUGCAGGGAGUCUAUAUUUUCGUUGCAUACAUAUGCAACAAACGUGUUUUUAUUCUUUAUCGAAGUUUAAUUUGUAAUAAACCUGUUAUCAAAUCUGGUUCUGAAUCACGAAAUGUCACUACAAAUGAAACUGAUUUGGCAUCAACAAAUAUAUGAACUAAACAGACAGAGAUUUGCAUCAUAAUGUGAAAUUACAUGGAAACGCUUGAAAUUUUUUUGAAAAUUACGUUCAGGUAAAAUGCUCUAUGUUAUUAUUUUUUUUUUUCAUUUAGUUAAGAAGCUGUGCAUCAUUUUUGUUGACAUCACUGGUUCAUAGCUGAUCUACAGAUUUACAGGAGUGAAAACACUGAAUUAAAUUAUUAUAAUACCUACAUUUUAAUGUUUAUUAAAUCGCAUUGUGUUGUCUAAAAUUACAACAACAAAGAAUUUCAAAUGUAUUUUUUGAAUUGUUGUUUUGACAGUAGACAUUUUCUAGAAUGAAUAAUUUAGUAAACACGCCUUGUAAUCGAAAAAAAACUAUGAAUCAUAAUUUGACAACGCUGCAGAUUUGAAAUAUUUACUGAUCUAGUAUAGUUACUGUCAGAAUUUUGCCGUUUUUUUCACCACUCCAUUAGGAAAUUAUCUUGUAUAAUAUCAUUAAUAUGUCGCGUUUUCAAAAGUUGGUACAAUUUGAAUAAUUUUUAAGGAAAGCGCAAGGACACUAGCGGGGAAGUUUAGUGUGAUAUUUUAUAGGACCACUUAUUGUCAGUAAUGAAUCGUGCAACUAAAUUAAAGCUAUUUCCGCUUUAUCUGAUAUUCAUGUGACAUUUUGAUAUUGUGUAGCAAGAAGAGGAGACGGUUUGUAGAAUGAGCGAACUACAUAGUCAUUUGGUCAAUAAAUGUAGAAGCCGUUUUCCAUUAAUGAAUAUGAACUUAUCAUAAAUUUAUGUUACUUGAAAUAAUAUUUUUUACAGUAUAUAAGUCAGAUAAUGCAUAUUUUACUGUUUUACUUUCGUAUAACACCCUUUGUAGUGUUAGGAUUGCCCAAAGAAAGACACCACUACGUUCGGUAUGUCAUUAGAUAUAUCAUAACACCCCUCAACGACAAGAAAAAUCUUAAAAUAUGCAUUAUCUAUAGUAUUAUUAUUGUUUAUACCCCUCUGCUACCUUGAAAUAAUGUGUAACAUGGUGGUGUGUAUGAAUGAUGUAACUGUGUAAAUUUUAAAAACUUCUUGCAUGUAGAAUACUUAAUUUUUCAUAACUGCCUACAUUGUACAUGACAUUGUCGUUUAAUAAACAUUACAUGUAUGUGUUAUAGCUUAUAUGUGAAUAAAGAAUUGAAAAAACAGUACGGAUUUAAUGCACGGUGUCAACAAAGAACACUGUUUCGUUUUACAUCAAUAUGAAUUGUCAAAAUAACAACUAGGAGUAGUAUUCGGAUAUUACUAGAAUUGGAUAGAUGUCAGAAUAUUUAUACAGCAAAGGUAACAUAUGCCGACUUGAUCAGUGAAAGAAGUUAAGUAUUGUUGACAAUCAUAAUUAAAAAAAAGAAAUGUAGUUAACAGUUCAAUCCAGUUAAAAAAAGUCGCAUUGAACUUCAUUAUCGUUUUAAUAAGUGUUGACUUAUAGCUCUUAACGUUACUGUGUAUUCACCAAUUCCAAUUAACACGAUUAAUGUGAAACAUGGUGGUGUGUAUGCAAUGGUGUAAGUGUGUACAUUUCAAAAACUUCUUGCAUGUAGAAUACUUAAGUUUUCAUAACUGCCUACAUUAUACAUGACAUUGUCGUUUAAUAAACAUUACAUGUAUGUGUUUCA